AUGCCACCAGACACAAGCGAGCCCGAUCCUUCCGGCCAACCUGAGUCUGCAAAGACUGAGCCUUUAGCCUGCGUUUCCUGCAGAGCCCGCAAGUUGAAAUGCGAUCGCACGAAACCGGCGUGCACUCGCUGUGUCAAGGUCUCAAAUGAGUGUGUAUAUCCAGAAUCCCGGAGAAAGCCCAACUUCAAGAGAAGAAAUGUCAAGGAACUCGAGGCUCGUCUGGCUCAAGUUGAAGAUUAUCUCAAGGAGGUCAAUAAGAAUUCUUCAGAGGAGAAAACAGACGAUGGGAGUCCAACUCAGCCACCGCAGGCGAAUGUCAACUUCUUUGAUAUGGACUUUACCCCUGGACUGGGUCAGACAAUUAACAAUCUGCCUGAUCCCGAUUUUCCGUCUUUCACAUCACCCAACAUCGUCCAAAAUCCACAGGAGAGCCCCCAGAUUCUGAAUGCGCAGUUGAUGAGUCUGGGCAUGACCGAACCUUUGCCGCCGGACGAUGUCAUGGAAGAACUCAACAAUAUCUUCUUUCAUAACCAAUAUCGCAUGAUACCAAUUAUCCACCCAGGAAAAUAUCUCCAAUCUUUUUAUGGCCCCCUGCUCCGAAGACCCCCUAUGUGUCUGCGAUAUGCCAUAUGGGCUCUAGCAGCCACUGGCAGCACCAAGUUUGACGAGUACCACGAUGUCUUUUACCGUCGAUCGCGGGCGUACAUUGAGGCAGACAUGAUGAAGAUCGCGACAAGGCUUCCUGCCUCGGAAGAAGCAUUUGUUGAAGAUCGCAAGGAGGACGCCCCUUUUCUGGACGAGGCAAUUCAGGGUGCUCAGUACACAGGGUUUGCUGGAACCAUCCUUACUUGUGAAAUUUUCAAGAUCAUUCUCCGUCAUGUUCACCGAUCCAAGCCCGACUCAAGAAACGAAGAUCUGAUGCAUGGGUCAUUUUGGACUCGACACCGCGAUUUGGACAACACCUUAUCCAGCCUCUUCAUGUUUCUCCCCGAGAAAUUCCGCCUCCCUGAGAAUGUGCGAGACGUAUCAGCACUCCAUUUGAACCUCAACCUUCACGCCGCGAUUAUAUGUCUGCAUCACGCUGCCGUUGAAAAAGCGGACAAAUACAACCUCCCUGAUCAUGUCAAACAGGGUAGCGUCACUCGCCUUCGAGCGGCUGCCGAGGAGAUUGUCAAUAUCAUGCGACUGACCGCCAACGGCACUAUGUUCUUUAAGAGCCCAUUGUCUGCUCUCUCGCUAUACUGUACCACUACGGUUUACGUGUAUCUAGGCAAAGAGGACCCGGUCACCGGCUUAAGCACAAUUGACCUGUCAAAUUUCCAGCUCAUAAUCCAAUCUAUGGAGGCUAUCGCACGUGUGCACACCAUCACACGAACGUUCUUACAGCAAGCAUGCCUCGACAUCGAAAAGAACGGGCUCAGCUCUGUUAUUCAAGUACCAUCAUUGAGGAAAUAUCGAAACGCUUUUGGACCAAGCAGGUCGCGUAUCCCCAUGCUUGCCCGAAGCUCAGUUGCGGAGCAUACCGGGGCAUCGCCUAUCUUGUUUGCUUCCAACUUCACCCAGGAGAAACGGAUGGAUGCUGAAGAGUCAAGAUUGGACAAAGUGGCCAGUGCCAUGUCGCUGGGAAAGACGUGUUAUUCAGCAGUGCUUGGGGCCGCUGCUAGAAAUGUUGAGCCUGCGGGUCGAUCAGAUCCGGAAACCAAUAAACGAAAGAGAACGAGAGAAAGCCCUGGACCUGAAGUUAUGGCCAAUAUGCGGAACAAAGACCCUCUUCACUUGAACUUGAAUCCCAACUUCAGAGGAACGGGUAUGUGGCCAGCAUCAUUCUCACCCCGCAUGGCCUCAGGUGCUAUUUCGCUACCGGAUCGAACAAAUUCAUCAGCCGCAUCUUCGCCAGCUCACCAAGGUUCAAAUCAAGGUUCCUACACGAAGACGGUCUCCGGGAGCAGUCAUACCUCACCUGAUAUCGGCCUCGGGAAUAGUGCAGAGGAAAAUCGGAUCGAUUUAAGAGCAUUUCAAGAACGCAUCUCUACACCGAUAUGGCAGUCUACCGAAGAAACACUCUUUGCACAGAUGGCGGCAAAUACUAUUCCCCUCGGUGAUGGUGAUCCAUGGGGGAUAUUGAAUGCUGUCGAUCUCAGCUGGGAUGUUGGCGGACUUCCAGCGGGAAAUUGA